UAGACUUAUUUUUUUUAGCUUGGUGACAAAAAAAGCGACACUACACAGUGCAUUUCACAUUGAUGACGUGUACGUACGGGUCCUUCAGACUUCCGGGUGUGAAUAAACAGACUGCAACGGAGCCGCCUCACCUAAAAGAUGUCCAAAGUAACGUUCAAAAUCACCCUGACGUCGGACCCCCGGCUGCCAUACAAAGUAUUAAGUGUCCCAGAAAGCACACCAUUCACAGCGGUUUUAAAGUUUGCAGCUGAAGAGUUUAAAGUUCCAUCAGCAACCAGUGCUAUUAUAACAAAUGAUGGAAUAGGAAUCAACCCUGCCCAGACUGCAGGGAACGUGUUUCUAAAGCACGGCUCAGAGCUUCGCCUCAUUCCCAGAGACAGAGUGGGAGGACAAGGAGACUGACUUAUGCAGCGUUUCCCCGUCGAUGGCAUAAUGACUCACACCACGGAAACGCACAACACUGAUGACCCAGGAAACACCUCAGCAUGUUUUAUAUUUAUUUUUUCUGGCCCACACAACUGACGGUGACUCACACGAGACGAUGCAUAUUUGAAGUUACCAGUGACACAGAGUUGAGGAGUCCCUGCAGAGAUGUAAAUCAGAAGGGAGCGACGGCUGGAGAAAUUCCCAUUAUUGCUGAGUAAUAAUUAUAAACUAACAAAGCAGCGUCGUCUGUGGGUUUAGCUAGGAUUAACAAAAAAACUGAAUUAAGAGUAACUUUUGUAUUAUUUCACAUGUCAAAUAAACAAUACAGCAAACAGAACUUCAUCCUUUGUUGUUUAGUUUUACCUGCAUUGUAAAUAUUGCAGCACACGUGGUGAUUUAUUUUAUUUUGUCAAAUGCAUUAGAUGCUUUUAAUUAACCUUGUUGCUUUUCUAAAUAAGAUGACCUGCUGGUGUUGGGUUUUAUUUCUGUAAAGUUCCUAUUCCUCAUAUUCAAAAACAAUCUGCAUUAUGGAUGUGCUCUGUGCUGUGGACCAGGUGGAAACCUCUUCUUAUAAGCAUUUAAAACCAUUAAAUUGAGCUCUGCAAACA